AUGAAAACAUUUAUUGCCAUUAUAACUGCUCUCAUCGUUAUUCUUAGUAGUGUUCUUACUGCCAAUGCUUUCUGCAUUUAUAAUAAAAUCGAUAUUGACGUCGAUGUAUCUGUUGGUUCUAACAUAGGGCACUUCUUUGGAAAAAUCGCCCCUGGAGCCAAUAAAUGUUGCAAUUAUAAAGACACGAGUUGUAAUCCAACUGGUGCGCAAGAUGCUGUUUUAGAUUUGGAUAUUAGUAGUAGUUGUGGAUGUGACAAGGAAGCGCAGAUUUAUGCAGGUGGCUGGUGUGAUAUUACUGGUACUACCGACUUGUGCCCUAAAGGUCAACCCACUCAUAUAAUGGUGGCUGUUAGGCCAAUUUGUAAUAAAACUGUAUAUCAUAAUUCAGAAUUUUGA